UUUUCCUAUUGGCUAUUGUCAGUCAUGUGACCAAAACACAGCGAUGGCGGCGUCCGCUGCAGUUCGGACGAGCAUGGGGCUGACUUUGAGGUUGUCUCGAGUUAUUCCAGAUUGUAGCACGUGCCCGUUGUACAGAUUAAAGAGCUGUGUGAACAGCAGCACCAGUUUGCAGAGGAGGGGCUCUUUUGACAGUUUCCGGACCAUAAAUCGACAUUUACAGACGACUAUAGGUCUUUGUGGGGAAGAGGACAGCUCCACUGCAGAGGACACAGAGGAAGUGGUCAACGUGGUGUACAUAGACCGGUCCGGCCGGAGGAUUCCAGUGAAGGCCAAAGUGGGAGAUAAUGUUCUGUAUUUGGCUCACAAACAUGGAAUUGAUCUAGAAGGAGCUUGUGAGGCAUCUCUGGCCUGUUCGACGUGCCAUGUUUACGUGAGCGACGGCCAUUUUGACAAACUGCCAGAGCCUGAAGAGACGGAGGAUGACAUGCUCGAUAUGGCGCCCAUGCUUCAGGAGAACUCACGCCUGGGGUGUCAGAUCGUUCUCACACCAGAACUCGAUGGCAUUGAGUUGACUCUUCCCAAAAUCACCAGGAACUUCUACGUUGACGGUCACGUUCCGAAGCCGCACUGAGUCAAGGGGUUGACGAAGAACGGAGUCCAAAAUGCAGGAGUUGUUGUGAGAAAGACAGGUGGACGUCCCGGAUUGAGAGUGACGGAGAAAGGCAGAAAGUGAUGAGUUUAAUGUCAGCAUAGACUUGCAGCUGAGAUCAGGCAGAGUUGGACACUACGUAUCCUCUGAGGUGACAAAUGGUUAUAUGCAAAAAAAAGAAGUGAGGGUUGAACUGAUAAUGCAUCUGUUUGUAUCUCAGGCCAUCUUAAAGACAUUCUCACAGACUGCUCACUGUUGAAACCACGCACACUGCCAAGCAGGUUCAGUCUCCACACUACUGGAUGGAGCAUUCCUUUUUACAGCUUAUAUACGCACAAAUAUGUUGACCAGUACACAUGUCAUAGCAUUCUCCGUGUUUGUUCAUUUAAAAGCAGUGUUUUAUCAAAGUAGCCUCAAGUCACAGUUUGACAAAAGAGCCAUAAAGAGAAACAUAAUUCAUGUAAUAAAGUGGACUAUUUACAAGACAAUUACAGAAAUUAUGAAGUAGAAACGUAACAUUUCAAAAUAAUGUUAAUGCUGGAGCAUUUUUCCUUGUCGCUGAUGGGGAUGAGACUUGAUUAGUAAACAGGAUUCAGGUGUUUGGAUCCAAAGCAGGAAGCUUUACCAGUUUACUCUUCAGCAUACUGUAUGGACGUGGGUUUAUUUUCUUGUGCAAAAAAAAUCUAAGUGUGUCUUAAUUGCAAACAUUUCAAGUUGUGCAAUAAAAUUAUGCUGAAAUAAAUGAGUUCUAAACA